CCUAUCUAUCAUGGAAGUGCUUUUCUCAGAGGUAGGUUCCGCAACCAUGUAGUUCGCCGCCUCACAGUCAAUAAAUCUCUCGCCGUGCUUGUUUAGUUAUUAGUGCGUGGACUGUGAUUAAGGGAACCAACCAAGACAUGCCACGCCAUCAGGUUUUGCGGCUCUUUCACGGGGUGUCACAGGGCUUCCCUUCCCCUAACAGUCUCUUCCUCGGUGGCCCCCCAAGUCUUCCGUCCUUCCCAACUCGGCAAACUGCCUCGCUAAGGUAAAACCUCACCUUUUCGCGUCGGGCACAGGCUUCCCUUCUCACUGUACCUCUUUUACCUCACAUCUAUGAUCUGUUGCCAUGCUUUGCCCCCACGCCGAGAUCAGAACUCGCAUGUACGGCAAGGGAAUCGUUGGCAGCACUCACAUUACGGUAACAUCCUGCCAAGCCAGCGCAAAGACAUGCCCAGAAUGCGAUUUGCUGUUGAGAGUCGUGGAGGAGUAUAAACCUGGCUGGUCGAACGCUGGCCAUGCAGAUGGCCGGUUGGAGCGCGUGUUGCAUUUGGAAUCCCCUUACGCAACCCCGGGUGUCGUUCGGCUCAGAGAAGGUAGUGGUGGUGGUUGGGGGUGGUUCAAUAACCUUGAGGUAGUCGGCUCGUUUCGUUUCUUUCGCAAGGCCAAGGGAGACAUACUAUCACUCCGCGGCGGCGGGUCGCAGGCCGACACGGUACUAUACGAGAGCUUGGAAAUUGUGGAAGCUUCUUCCUCGGCCGCGGCGAUUCAACGCGCCUCCAAAUGGCUCGCCCAUUGUGUGGACCACGACAAGGAGGAGUGCAAGAUCCUCAAUCCUAGCUUCACCCCUCGUCGGUUACUCAAUGUUGGCACUGGAGAACAAAACGGGGAGCCUUUUCUCUUUGAGCCAACGGUGCCGACCUUGUAUGUGUGCCUGAGCUACUGCUGGGGCCCAGACGCAGCCGACGUCCUGACAACGACGAAGCACAACUUGCAGGCACACUAUCAAGCUGUGCCGCUGGUGGCCGUGCCGCAAACCGUCAGGGAUACCGUGACGCUCUGCCGCGGCCUGAAGCUGGAAAAUCUCUGGGUCGACUCCCUCUGCAUCGCCCAAGAUGACACACAGGAUUGGCUGCAGCAGUCUGCUGAGAUGAGGGACAUCUACGCCAACGCCCACCUCACGAUCGCAGCCGAGGAGCCGGCAUCAUGCAAGCUGGGUUUCUUGGGCGAGCAACAAUUUGGAAAACCCGGGUGGCAACGCGUAUUUACCACCCAUGUCCCAAAAGAAGCCGGAGGGCCGGACAAUCAGCUCAUAUUGAGACCGGUAGAGGAGGGUGAGACCAUUACCUCCGGCCGGGACGAGAGAUGCUCGCUCGACAGCCGUGGCUGGUGUCUCCAGGAGAGCAUACUGCCGACCCGCAGACUCUGUUUCAACGGGAAAGAGAUGUCUUGGGAGUGCGGCAGACGGAGGAUUUGCGAAUGUGGCCACGCCCUAUGGGGUAUUACAGCGCGACCAAUCUCCUACGGAAACGUGGGCGCCAGGAUAAAGCAGGGCUACCAAAAAGGCCGCUGGGACAAGUGCACGCCCAGGGAUGACUGGAAGGAGAUGGUGGAGGACUAUUCCAGACGGUCCCUCAGCAAGAAGACGGAUAAACUGUCUGCCAUUUCCGGCUUAGCAAAGUUGUUCGUGGGGGCACCAUGGGAACAAAAGCCCUACUGGUAUCCCGGAGGCGGACCGUUGGCUCUUCCCCGGACCCUCGCCUUGACGGUCGACAAUUACAAAGCCGGGUUGUGGAUGAACACUUUCAUUUCCGACCUCGCAUGGUGGCUGGUCGAGCCCGGAUCAGAAAACAGUGGUCCGGUACCGUAUAGCGCACCCAGCUGGUCAUGGGCUUCCGUCGAUGGCCCGGUGCGGUUUCAGUAUAGUGAAGCCGCCUAUUCACGGGAUCCUACGGCUAUCAGACGCAUCGACUGUACAGCCGACGAUGUCAGGUGUGAAACUAUUGUGCCUUCGGACCACACAGGUCCGCUCAAAGCCGCAUAUACGGUUCUCACAGGCCCCUUGGUUACAGCCGAGCUCGUGGACCACCCACCUACGCCGUACUAUACGGGAACAGGUUUCCCCGGCGAGAUUCCGGCGCACCGAUUAUAUGUCCACGGCUUGCAACUCUACAGCGCAGAAGUCGCUCUCGACCAGCCUAGAGAUGUCUUCAAGGAUCAGGCCUUCUUCUUCUUCAGGCUGUUCACCUGGAAAACACAGAAUGGGAAAAGGGUAAUGAAUAAAGCGUGGUUUCUUGUGCUGAAAAGGUCAUCGAGGGAUGAAGCGGCGUUUGAGAGAAUUGGUGUGGGUGUAUGGUUGGAUCCCCGGGAGUCUGAUCUCCCAUCGUUCGACGGCGCAAAACCGACGUCGAUCAAGAUCGUGUAGGGCCAGCGGUGGGAUGUGUGUACCUGGUCUAAGGCUCUUAGUAAAAUAAAAAAAUAAAAAGAGACGUUGCAGCAAG